AUGACUCAGGCUCUGAGUGCCAGAACGCAGCAGGACCGCAAGGGUGCCAUUGAGCAAACAUGGAGGACACACAAGGGAGAUGAUGAUACUAGCGCCUCAUGUAAAAAGCACCAGAAAUGCCUAGCAUCUCUGGUGUUGGGCGAGAAGCGAGAAGCAGACUGCGGGAAAAACUCGAAUGUACUUUUCGAAAUGACUAAGACUCCACUUCGCGGCACCAGAAACGCCUCGUGUCUCUGGUGUUGGGCGGGAAGCAAAAGCAGACUCCGAGAGAAACUCGAAUGUGAAAUGGCUACGACUCCAGUCCAUAGUAUCAGGAAAGCACCAGAGACGCCUCUACACGCCAAAAGCACAAGAAAUGCCUGGCAUCUCUGGUGUUGGGCUAGAAGUGAGAAGCAGAUUUCGGGAGAGAAACUGGAAUCACCAGAAACGCCUCGCGUCUCUGGUGUUGGGCAGGAAGCAAAAACAGACUCCGAGAGAAACUCGAAUGUGAAAUGGCUACGACUCCAGUCCAUAGUAUUAGGAAAGCACGUCUCUGGUGUUGCGCGAGAAGCAGCAGCAGACUCCGAGAGAAUUGUCGGAAUAGAUCACUGCACGGCAUUGAGAUCAGAAAACGAGCGCUGGAUAACGCGAUGA